GGCGGGCUCGGGGGUGGAGAGGAGCGACCAGGAGCCUCUGGGAAAGAGGACCUCGUUAGGGGUGGCCCGGGAUUUUGCCUAUUUGCAGCCGAGACGGGCCGGCGUAAGAGUCCAGCCAUGCUUAAAUGAAAUUAAACCGUGUUAUAAUCAUAUGAUACAAGUCUUUUAUUUAAAUCCCUGUGAAGUCACAGUUUUUUUAAAAAAAAAAGGCGGAGAAGCAUCAGGCAGUGGUGUAGACGGCUUGUCCCAGGGCCUAGUCCGGGAGUUGGGCCGCGUUUCGUGGACUGCGCUGAGGGAGCUCGUCGCGGGACUUCCUGGGUUUUUUGUGUCUCGCGAGAGGCUGACCUUAACUUCGAAUUCACCCUGCCCACCUGGGUAACGGCGGUCGUGGAGCAUGCGGGUACAGGAGAAGCAAGCGCAAAGUUAGCAUCCUUCUACAAAAACUCAGGAAUAGGAGAGUGCUGUUCCAUCCAGGAUGGAACUGUGUCCUUACUGUAAGAAGCCAUUUAAACGAUUGAAGUCCCACUUGCCGCACUGUAAGAUGCUAGGAGCAACUAUGCCUGCUGAUCAAGAAAUUCAUCCAUGUGAGCCAGCUACACACCCACGUGUUAAAAAAAUCAAAGCGCCAAUCAGAGACCCAGUUAAAGCAAAAGAGAAAGAGUUAGGGACAAACAGUAAGAAAAGAAAUCCGGAACUGAAAGGAAACAAUUCAGAACGGACAGUCAAGUCCUCUUCAGCACUAGAUGUUGGUUUGGAAAAAGCAAGUCAUAAAAAGGCUGAUGAAGACGUCAAGAGUCAAGUUAAGUCCUCCCUCAAAAUGUUAAAGGCUACUAAACCAAAGCUUCCUUUCCAGGGAGAAACUGCAGCUCAGUUUUCUGCGUCAGAAAACACCAGUUCUACAAAAGAACUUACCAAAGCUUUGCCUCAGUCAGGAGAAAGUAGAGAUAACCCUUCAGAAAUUGAAGCACCUUUGCCUCCUGUCCCAGUGGCACCUUCUCGGUCAAAUCACGAUAGGAAAUAUUCUUUAGCCUUCCUUAAUGACGCACAAGCCACUUCAGCUGAUCUAAGGCUGGACAGAGUGGACGCCUCAAGACAGAACCUUCUCGUAAAAUUGUUGGAUACACCUCUUGGUGAUGGCCAUAGUUCUCCCAUGAAUUGCAGUCACAGGGUUCAAAGAGGAAAUAUGUCAUCGUCAGGCAGAGAAAGAGAGUCCAAGGCCAAGGAUCACCUCUUAGGAGCCUCUACUGACAGAGACUUCAGGACUCUGGCAAAGAACACAGAGUCACAGAUUGCUACUUUUAAACUUAACCCCUUAGGUGAAAGCCAGGGCGGGAAGAACCAGGGAAAAGCACUCCACCUUGAAGCAGAGACACAUGGGAGCCAAGGAGGUGUGGAGAAAAGUGUAUCUAUGACAGGAAGGCAGGAUUGGGCUUCCCUGAGCCAUGAUUCAGUCACGGAGAAGAAACCUCGAGACAGAGGUCUCGGCUUACACUUGCUCCCGCUAACGGGCACAACUUGCCCUGAGCACCUCCCUCUAGCGCAGUCAUGUAACCAGAAUUCCACCUCUCUGGCUGUAAAAUUUCUCCAGGAAGAGAAAGCAGAAGCCAGCAGCCAGAAUCGAGUCCCUGCUGUGAAGGCGUUGAUGGGGGGUGAGGAGUGGGCUUCUCUGACAGCUAAGUUGGGCUCUCGGCCCCCAGCAUCGCGCCCCCAGGGGCUGCAGUCUGCAUGUUCAGCCCAGCACCAUGCUUCCAGAAGCCCCUUGCCCGGUCAGAGCCUGUCAAGUGCCCUGGGGCUGGAGUGGUUUCCAGAGCUCUAUUCUGGUUAUCUCGGCCUUGGGGUGCUGCCAGAGAGGCUCCAGCAUUGGAGCACUCUUGCCCAGAAGCCCCUCCUUGUCAUCAGUCCCCAGGGCAAGAGACUCUCCCAAGUUCCUUGGUUGGAAAGAAGCUCGACGGCAGUAAGGAGCUUGGAAGCCCCGGCCGGCUCCUCUCUCACGAGGCUCCUAGGAGCUCUCCACUCAGGCUGGAUCCGGUGCCGCACCACGGUGAGGAGCGGAGUCGGUGGCCUCACCUUGCUCUUCGCCGGCUGCUUCGUGCUCGGCUGCAGCUGGAGCUUCAAGCAUCUGAGUAAGCCUCGCUCUGUCCUCAAUAGCAGGGCACAACCCAUGAUAUGCACCUCUGAGGGAUUUUCUGAACUGCUUUUUUAUUUUUCAGUUUUGCAUUGUCUGACACGCCCUAAUGAACAAGCUAUUGCCCAAGGCCCUCAGGUUUUUUUUUUUAUUGGAGGUUUUGGUUCUAAUGGCCUUGAUAAGAUUUGACUAGAGUUUACAUAACUGCUGUCAUGCUCCAUUGAAGAUGGUCCCUGGAGAUUGGGUGCGUUUGUGUUUUCUACUUAAAGCUGUUUGCCUGUUGGAGGAUCAGGGCUCUUCUCUUUGAUGACUGAUUCCUCAGAACUUCUUUUUAGGAUAGAAACCAAAUAGCUUUAUACCCUAAGAGAUGAGAAACAAACUGUCACUUGCCAGUGUGUCUAAGGCUGAGAGCUGUUUUAUUUAAUCUACUUUUAACAUUAAAAAGAAAAACCACCUUUUUCUAGUCAUGCAUUUCAACUUGCUCCAAAUCUUACCAGAAGGAAAGUGCCUAGAUUUCACUGCUCUUUUAAUUCCAGAUAACGUUUGCUCAUUUUUAAAAAGUAUUAUUGUAUUAAAGAAAUCAAAAAAGUCCCAGUAUUCUUCCACAACAGACAAAAUCCAAAUGCUUUCAGAUGAAAACUUUCAGUGCAAAAGUGUAAGGUCAUUAUUAACACUAGAGGCCAGUAGAACUCACAAGCUUCAGGAAUGUCGGGUCUGACUGUAGCUGGGCUUGGCGACUAAUGCAGUCACAUGCAUGCAAUGACGUGCAUGAGUCACGACGUGGAUCGCGUCUGUGGUAGGCACUCACAUCCCGACUGGCCAGCCAUGACUGCCCACCCUCGUCUCACAUGCGUGGCCAUCCGUGAGAAAGGAGUUCCUUUUUGAUCACGGUGCCUAAAAUCCCAGGUCGUUUCUUUCCCAGGGAAAAAGCCUCCCCUGAAAAAGAGACUGUUCAGGUGAUGCUGGAGUUUCUGCUUCACAUCUUUAAAUUGAGAGUGAGGAAAGUGAGGCGGAAACUUACCCCUGUACCUAAGACUUUAUUUCUAAAUUUAUAAAACAAAUACAAGGGGAUGAUCUUGAGGGGCAAGAGGUAGAAGCCGUCAGGGAACAGCAUCGUAGACCCUUAUGUUUGUCUCUGUUUAUCCCAAGAGCUGCAGCGCUGGCGUAAGCAGCGCUGACCCAGACGCCACGUGGGGAAGCUGGCGCUCCGAGUCGAGGACGGUGGAGACACUGCAGAGCGCGCUUAAAGAGCGGAAAGCUGUCCCGGGGGCAGGGAGAGGGAGCGGAAGAAUAAAAUUACUGGAAUCUAACCAUUCCGGGGG